AGCUUUGUGCACCCACGCUGAACUACUACAUUGUAGUAGCUUUCCAUCAUGCCGGACAAUGUUGCUUGAGGAUUCCCCUUGCAUCUAGAUCUCCAUCAUGUGUUUGUGCCGACAGUAACCGAGAAGGGCUCGUCCAGUCACUGGCUACUUAGAAAAGCGCUUGUUUGAACGUUACUGUUGUAGUCGUUCUGCUGCAAAUGUUUGAAGUACAUGACUAGUUGAACGCUGCUGAGCUGCAUGAAAUCGAAAAGGCAGUAAACAAAACCCUGUUAGGAAGAUCAAGCGACUGUAAUACGGGCAGACGAUGCCAUCAUCUCGGAAACCUAAGAGAAAAAGGAAAGAGGAUGAGGAGCCUGAAUACGAAGUGGAACACCUCGUUGCUCACAGGGUGGAGCCUGAAGGCACAGAGCGCCAGUACCAGAUCAAAUGGCUGAACUACCCCAGCGAUCAGAACACCUGGGAGCGUGUUUCCAAUCUCAACUGUCCGCUGGCUCUGGCAGCGUACUCCGAGAUUCUUGGCGAGGAUAUCAAGUUGCCUGAAGCAGCACUUGACGACAGCCAAGUGGAACGCCUGGUAUCACUGCAGCAGAGGAAGGUGAAAGUCCUCAAGCAGGUGGAGGCGUUGAAGAGGUGGGAGCGACAGCUGAAUGCAUCACGGGGCAACGAGGAGCAGAUCUGCGUGGAGAAUCGCAUUGACCUGGCCGGCCCACCAGACGACUUUACCUACAUCAGUGAGUGUGUGGCCGGCAAGGGUGUCACCAUCCUCAAAGACCCGCUCGUCGGCUGCACGUGCAGUAGAGCGGACCCUCUCGGCUGCUCAGCGGCGUCCGACUGCUGUGCGUCGCAUGCCGGCGGCGCGUUUGCCUACAAGGACCGGCGUCUGGUGCUGGACGCCGGCCAGGCGGUGUUCGAGUGCAACUCGCGCUGCACGUGCGCGGCGCAGCGAAUGCAGGCGCGCAACAUCUGCGAGAACCGAGUCGUGCAGCUUGGACGUCAGGUGCCUGUCACGAUUUUUCGAACACAGACGCGAGGAUGGGGCCUUAAAUCCAGCCAGAACAUUCUGAAGGGCACCUUUAUUACUGAAUACGUUGGAGAGCUGGUCACAGCCAUCGAGGCAGAAGAACGUAGCCCAGAGUAUCAGUUUGAGCUCGACUUCACUGAGGAAAAGGCUUUCCAGUAUGUUAUCGAUGCUAAGAAGAUGGGAAGCGUCUCGCACUUCAUCAACCAUUCGUGCGAUCCGAAUCUGGUUGUGCAUGGUGUGUUCGUUGACAACCCGGACAUUUCCAUGCCACGCAUCGGUCUCUUUGCCAAGAAGUUCAUCCGUGCCGGUACCGAGUUGACGUUCGACUAUUUCCUGUCACAGGAUGCCUCAUGCCAUUCGCCCGGCCUAACACCGGUUGCCAAGCGAGUGAAGCCGCCGACACUCGCUGGGCCGCUCUCCCCCGUUCACCCAUACUCGCCAACUUCAUCGCCAAGUCGCCGAGAGCGCAUUCCGUGCCGCUGCGGCGCGAAGAAUUGCCGAGGCUUCAUAUAUUGACGCUGCUGUGUGCGAAGCGUGACACGUUGUACGCAAGUCGUUGCGCGUGUGGAUGUGCACGUGUGCACGUGUUGUACAUUUCCAUCGUUGUUGUACAUGUUCUUGUAAUUUGGUUGCUGUUCAUGGCCAGUUUUUGGCAUGCUUAGUUAUUGCUGAUGACAUGUAUUCAUCAGCAAUCGCUUCCCCUUUUCACGCUGUAAGCUCGUUUUUGUAGUGCAUGGCCAUCUUGACUGCCAAGCACAUACUGAAAGAAAUGGCCAAGAGGAAUGAUAUAAUGCCUUGCCUCUCCUCUCCCCUACAUAUGUUAAGCCGUUUGACAUGUGUUGCAUUUUAUUAUUCAUUCCUCUAUCGUCACUGCCAUAGAUGGUCUUGCAUGAUUCAUAAAACCACACCAUCCUCAUUCCUCUUUUGAAUGUCAGCCUCUGGUGAUGCUGGCACACCUUCCAUAAUAGUUUGAAAACAUGCAAUUGGGCUUUUGGUGAACACUGUUUUGUAGAUACUCUUUUUUAUUAUGCCAGUGAUGCACACUUUUUACCUUCAAAGACUUUUGUUCUCCUUUUUUUCCGCACUGGUGUUCUCCGAAGGAUUUUGCUCUCGUGUCUCGGUGCCUGGUGCUCUUUUCUGUGUUCCUUCGCCGCUUCCUUUUCAACCUUAUCAUUUGUCAGUGGCACUCGAGAAAGGGCUUCAAUGGUAGCUCUAACUGUUUCUAUUCUGUGUUUUUGGAGCACAGGUCAUUUUGCAGAUAACUGCUGUGGUUCAAACAUCUUACUUUGGUGCCGUCUGUUUUGUUAACCUUUUGUUCAUUUCUUUAGUACGCUUUGAGUGCGAUCAUGUGAACUCACUACUCGAACCUGUACGUAAAACAUGACAUUGUGCAAGUGUGAA